AAUUACUUAACUUCUCUGGACCUCAGUUUCCUCAUCUGUACAAUGGGUCUAUUGUAACAGUAAAAUUAUGGAUGUAGUUCCAUAAUUAUGUCCUUGCUCAUUGUAAGUGCUCAAGAAGAGGUAGUUGAUAUUAUUGUACUUUUUCAUUUUGCAAAGAGUUUCUGAGACCACCUUGGGCUAGAUGCUGGAAAUGACAGAGGUGAGGGAUCACUAACCCCACCUAUGAAGAGCACAAAAUCUGGUGGAGAAGACACCCAGGAAAAUAGAUAUUUGCACCAGAGUGCGAUUGGCCCUGUAGUGCUGUAUCAGACAUGGGUGGCGUCCUGACUCCAUCACUUGUUAGCUGUGUGACUUUGGGCAAGUUGGUCAACCUCUCUGAGCUGCAGUUUCCUCUUCCAUUAAAUGUGUAUCUCCCUGAGUCAUCGGAAAGAUUCAGUGACAUAAUGCAUAUGACAUACCUCAGUACAGUGCCUGGCACAUAGUAAAUGUUGAAAUCAAUGGUAGCUGCCAUUUUAUUAUUAUUAUUGUUAUUAUUAUUCCCAUAUACAAGGUGCUGUUGGGAACACAGAGGAAGUGACUGACUGGGGGUUCAGGGAAAGCUCCGUAGAAGAGGGAACACUUGAGCUGGGUCUUGAAGGAUGAGUAGAAGUUCACCAAGUGGGAAAGGACACUCUAGGAUGGCCGAGCCUCGAUUUAACAACCCCUACUUCUGGCCCCCUCCUCCCACCAUGCCCAGCCAGCUGGACAACCUGGUCCUGAUUAACAAGAUCAAGGAGCAGCUGAUGGCGGAGAAGAUCCGGCCACCGCACCUGCCGCCCACGUCGGCGUCGUCGCAGCAACCGCUGCUGGUGCCGCCGGCGCCCGCCGAGAGCAGCCAGGCCGUCAUGUCGCUGCCCAAGCUGCAGCAGGUGCCCGGGCUGCACCCGCAGGCAGUGCCGCAGCCCGACGUGGCGCUGCACGCGCGGCCAGCCACCAGCACCGUCACAGGUCUGGGGCUCUCCUCCAGGACCCCGGCCGUGAGCACGUCUGAGUCGAACACGGGCACGGGUACCAGCACCCCGUCCACACCCACCACCACCAGCCAGAGCCGCCUCAUCGCCUCGUCCCCCACCCUCAUCUCAGGGAUCACCAGCCCCCCCCUCCUGGACUCCAUCAAGACAAUCCAGGGCCACGGCCUGCUUGGCCCCCCGAAGUCCGAGCGCGGCCGCAAAAAGAUCAAGGCGGAGAACCCAGGGGGGCCUCCUGUCCUCGUCGUCCCCUACCCCAUCCUGGCCUCAGGCGAGACCGCCAAGGAGGGCAAGACUUACAGGUGUAAGGUGUGCCCGCUGACCUUCUUCACCAAGUCCGAGAUGCAGAUCCACUCCAAGUCGCACACAGAGGCCAAGCCCCACAAGUGCCCACACUGCUCCAAGUCCUUUGCCAACGCCUCCUACCUGGCCCAGCACCUGCGAAUUCACCUGGGCGUCAAGCCCUACCACUGCUCCUACUGUGAUAAGUCCUUCCGACAGCUCUCCCACCUCCAGCAGCACACCAGAAUCCACACAGGCGACAGACCGUACAAGUGCCCACAUCCUGGCUGCGAAAAGGCUUUCACUCAGCUCUCCAACCUUCAGUCUCACCAGCGCCAGCACAACAAGGACAAGCCCUACAAGUGUCCCAACUGCUACCGGGCCUACUCAGACUCCGCCUCCCUACAAAUCCACCUGUCGGCCCACGCCAUCAAGCACGCCAAGGCCUACUGCUGCAGCAUGUGUGGGCGGGCCUACACCUCGGAGACCUACCUGAUGAAGCACAUGUCCAAACACACGGUGGUGGAGCACCUGGUGAGCCAUCACUCACCCCAGAGGACGGAGUCCCCCGGCAUCCCCGUGCGAAUCUCUCUCAUCUGAGCCGACCGAGGCGCCACCCCGCCCGGCCCGCUGGCAGACGCAGACCCGGCAUCACCAGGCCCCAGCUCCCUCCGGGGGCCUCCAGGAACAGCCGAGCUCUCUCACAACCUUCCCAACCUUUCGGGAGGCCUGGGCGGCAGAAGCCCUACCUGGGCCGGCUCCAGGGCGGUCAGGCCAACCUCAAGAUUCUGGACUAUUUUGGUGGCAUCCAAAGACGAUCUCAGAGCACUUUGAAUCUCUCUGUUGAGUUUUCUUUUUUGUUCCCCACCCUUCACUUUCUUCACUGUUUUUUUUUUGUUUUUUUUUUUUUUUUUUUUUUUUAAGUUUUGGAAAUAACAGAAAAAAGAUAUUUAUUGGCCAAGACGUUGGUGCUGCUAAGACCGAGAAAUUAAAAGAAUCGGACAGAUGGACACAGAGAAUCAGAGGGCAGCGUGGGACCUUCUCUUGCCACGGCCUCAAGUCUUGAGGGAAGGCUCAGGCCUGGGUUUCUGGACUGCACAGGGGACCCGCAGGUGGGAGGGGGCAGGAGGCAGCUGGAGUGCGCUCCUCAUCCCUGGCUGCCCAGCUAGCACCUCUCCAGCUGUGCCCUGGGCAUUACUGAGCAGAGGGAUGAGGCAGCUACCAGAGUUGCCCAGGCUUCAGGAGGCGGAAACCAGAGAGGGGCCAGGAGAUCUGCAGGACCAAAGGGUGCAGUGAUGGGCUGGGCUGGGCGGCAGGCCCAGGGAAGUGGGGUGGGGGCGGGCUGGAUGAGACCUGGCCCCUCGCUGCCCUGAUGACCACCCCAGUCUACCUCGGUGCUGGCCAGGAAACCUAUCGGCUACCUCUCCCGCCAUCCCAGACUGUGGGCAGGGGGACGGGGAGGGAGUGGGCCUGGGGCUCGAAUCCCCCUCCAGAAUUUCCUCCAGAUGGGGGCAGUGCCCAGGGAGGGGCUGUUAGUCUUCCCUGCUAUGGAGGAGGAGAUCCCCAGCCUAGGCCCUAGGCCCCUCGGCAGGGAAGGGAUCCUCAGAACGGAGGGUUCCAGGAGCAGACCCCUGCCCCCAGCCCCCAGCCCCCACAGACACACCCCAAUCUGAAAGCCAUGCGUGUCCGUGUAUAUAGGAACCAUGUACAGAGCCCGGAGAAGCUCCCCCAUAUCCCCCCAGGAAAAAGAAGCUAGACAGAAACUCAUCUAUAUAUUCUGUAUCUGGAGUUCCGUUUUGAAUAUUAACUGUGUUAUUUUUAUACACUUUUAAGCCUUAACUCGCCAUUGAUUUACCAGUUUAACGUUUCCUGGGGUUUCUUUUCCCGUGGGGUUCUCUGCCCCCACCCCACCCACUUUGUUUGACUUGCGUUGUCUGAUACUCAGUAUUGUAGCUUUUCGUCCGCAUGUUACUACCCUGUAAAUACGCUGUUAUACAUACUGUUAAUACCCCUUUGCUUUUUUUUAUGGGACCUCCAGGCCACCAUAUUUAGAACUAGUUACCUUAUUAAAAAAGAGAAAACAGUCUGUUGGCUUCUCAGUCUGCAUCUUGGUGGCAGGGAGGUAAGGGCAGGUGCCCCUCAGACACGUUAAGAAAGAAGUUUGCGUUAUAUUUUAAAAGGGGGGUAGGGAGCAAAGUAAAAAUCAAAUGUGGGGGGAAAACACUAAAGGGGGCAAGAAACAAAGGAAUUACAAACCCUCUGCUCUUUGUAUUUCUCUGUUGUGAAUAAACUGUACCUGCACCUGGGU